AUGUCAGCGCCCGGCGAACGCGAAUCGGGCGGAAACAGAGUUCCGCCCGGUGAUUCUUGCGUAAGCGAUUACAGACGAUUUAAUUAAUCAAAUUAAGAUCUAUAAAAGCCGGAAGAAUCGUAAUUGAACAAAGUAUAUUUUGGUAACUUAAAAACACAAAAAUUAUCACUAAAUGAAGCGUAAAGUAAAUUGAAAGCAGGAAAACAGAGUUCCAGCGUCGCGACGGCGAUGCGUCGGAGAUGCACCGGAAUCCUGAGCGUUCGGGAGGAUCGUCGUGUAGUGUCCACGGCCUCGAAGGCUCUCCUUGGACAAAGACGACGUGGGCAAUCUCUAGAUCUUCUCACGAAGUCUAGAGAUCAAUGAAGUGGGUCGUUGAAUCGUCUCCGGCAGUUGUCACCCGGCGGAGCGGAAAAAUGGCGACUUUGCGGCUCUUCGGCGGCUGUCACCCUACGGAGAGGAGCUGGAUGGAGGUGGGGCGCGUGUCAGGGAGCUUCAUCCUCAGGUCUGCGUAGCAAGAGGAGGCUCUUCAUCGCAUCUGGUAUGCUCUCAGGAGGUGGCGACUCGUCUCCCGGCGGAUCGUCCUCUUCCCGACGACGGCUUGUUCGUCGAUCAAUCGGAGAUGAUUUACUCGAUGAAUUCGCGAUCCUUUUAUCGCGAAUCGUUCAGCAAUUUUAGUAGCAAUGCUUCGUGAAUCGCAUUGACGAGAUUUUCGCCGAUGAUCUAGCGAUUCUGGUUGCUUAAUCCUUCACCGGCAAUCUGUAGGAAAGUCGCGAUAAUCAGAUAAAAAGAUAUGAAUUUUGACUCUGGGAGGAUUCGAACCCGCGCCGGUCGCCCGCCUGUGAGGAAGGUGUGACGCCGGUUUAGUCCCACAUCGGUUGUGCGCCGAUUUUUUGGGCGAAUAUAUAGUAAUGUUGGCUUCGGAAGCAAAGUCACUUCUCUCGCGUGUACGACCACUCCUUGCCCCACAGCCGACUAGCCACCGGUGACGUGGAAGGGGAGUGGCGCACACGUGCCCCUAUUGGUCCAAGCUAAGCCGCUCGAGCCCCUGCUCGCGGCUACUCCUUACUGCGCUUCCGACCCGCUUGCGGGCCCGGCUGGCUGGCGGGUCCCCCCAUUUUGCAAUAUUUUUAUUUUUAUUUCUUGUUCUUCAUUUAUCUCAAAAGUAAGACUGUAAAAAUCGUAUAAAAUCACAUAAUUACCCAAAAAUUCACGUUAAUCAAUUGAAAACCACUUUUCACACUUUAACACAAAUAUAAGUCUAUUUAUCAUGAGUUAAGGCUAAAACUAUAUUAUUUACUAAUUAUUAACUCAUGAUAAUGAAGACUUAUCACACCCCCCAACUUAAAUCAUUGCUAGUCCCUUAUCAAUGGAAUUACGAAAAUAAAAAUUUACAAAUUUCAAACAUCAUAUUUCAAUACAAAAAAAAUAAAAAUACAAUUAGAAAUGAUGCACCUUUAGACACUUUAGACUCUUAUAUCAAGUCUUUAAGAAUGAUGUCAAGCACUUAAAUGUUUAAACACUCCUUGGAAUAACAAUCUAGACUUCACUUCUUCUAUUCACAUAUUUUUCACUUCUUCACUCAUAGAUGUAUUUACAAGAUGUUCCAAUUAUCAAUACUCAUCCAAGAAUAAUAUUGAUCCUACAUUUCCCUUUUUCUAUGGCUUGAUUUUUGAAGUUUGCACUAUAUUUCUUCUUUCUCUUUUUUUUUUAUAUAUAUACAGUGGAUAAGUAGCUUUUCUUGUAGACAAAUUUCGACAAUAAGAAUGAUGUCUCACACCCUCCAUGUGUACUCUUCAUUUUCAGGGCUUUCACUUUAUCCACUUAUUUUGCAGCAAGUGUUUUUCUAUACACAAUUUUCGACAAUGAGAAUGAUGUCUCACACCCUCUAUGUGUACUUUUCGUUUCUAGAUUUUUCACAUUGCUCUCUCUCUUUUUUUUUCGAAAUAAGUGAUUUUUCCUCACGUCCUAUAGAUCAGGGUGCAAAAAUCUCCAUUAAACUCAAAUGAUCAAUCAAAUUUUCACAUCAAGUAAAUAUUAUCCAUCAAGAUCAUGAAGUGAAAAUCUGUAAAAUCAAAUCCAUGUUAUCUAUCAUGUAUCCAAGGAGUAUUCCAACAUUUCAUGCUACUAGAUCAUUCUUUUGACUCAAUAAUAAUCUUCCUAGUAUCUUUUAGUAUCAAUCAAUCUAAUUGAUUUAAUUUUUCAUGCAUGCAAUAUGAUGUAAGAGAUUUGUAAAUUAGAUAGUUCUGACAGUUCUGUUUUCUGUUUUCAGUUCUAUUUUUAGCAGCAAUAAAUUUGUCAAAAAUAAAUCAAAACUAUCCUCUUUAUAGCUGUAAUUUCGAAUUUCAGUAAUAUAUAUCUAGGGGAUUGAAAUGUGAGAAAAGUGUCUUCUAGAAUUUCAAAUUUCGGGCUGUUUUUUGUCUGCUGUUUUUGACAGUCUGUUGUUCCUGAUAGAAAACCAGAAAAUAGAUGUUGCAAUUUUUCCGAAUUCGGCUAUCUUUUUUUUAUUUUUUUAGUUGCUGUUCUAAGUUGAAUAAAAUGCAAACACAUGUUCUUAAUCGUCCUACAGCAUAAAUUAAUAAUGAAUACUUCACCCCCCAACUUAAAAAUGACAUUGUCCUCAAUGACACAGAAAAAUUGAAACAGAAUAUGCAGAAAAUAUAAUUUUCAAGUGAAGCAUGCAUAUAUGCAAAGUUUAGCAUUAAAAAUGUUGUCAUAAAUGAUAAAGCUCCGAAAGGCAUCACCUCAACCUCGAUUUUAAUUUUCGACUUCAUCUUACACUCCUCCUCCUGCACUUUUUCGAAAAAACAAAUACAGAAACAAGUACUGCGAAAUUCUAAGAAAAACAGAGCUUAAAAAAAAUAAAUCAAACAGAAUAAAAUAAAAACCAUGGGUUGCCUCCCAUGCAGGGCUGAAUUUAAUGUCUUCAGCUGGACAGCUCUUAGAUCAUAUAAGAUGAUCUAUGGCCAUCAAAAUAUCUUUGUAUCCCAAGGUAAGUUUCAUGAUAUUCUUUUUCAGAUUUAGCAUAAAUUCAUGUACUUCAUAUAUAUACCUUGACAUACUUUCAGCCAAAACAAGAUGGAAAUUAACAAAAUUUUCCCAAAAAUAAUAUUUCCAUUUUCAAAAGAAUCUUUUCUCAUUUCUAUCUUGUUUUGUAAGACUCUCAUUCAUUAAUAAAUACUUCCUAUCAAUAGACCAUAAAAUGUGAUCAGGCCAUAUAAUUUUCGAAUUAGCUCUUACCCAAUCUAAAUUUUUUUCAUCUAAAUUGAUAUCUCUAAUUCUUCCAUUCAUCCAUUUCUUAAUGUCUUCUUUUAUCUGCAUAAUCUUCCCCUGCUCUAUUUUAUCUUCCAUACAUAUUUGUUCAAUUUGUGAGGAGUGAAAUAUUUCAAGCUUAGAAGUAAUUCUAAUGGGCUGUGGGUUUUGAAGGAUGGAAGGAUUGUCUUCUUUAAUCUCAGAUCUAAUGAAUUCAGUAAAAUUCAAAUUUUCUCCUCCAAAAUUAUCUCUAUACUCAUAUUCAUUAUUUCCGUUUCUCCCCAUUAGUUGAAUCAACUCUUUUUCUAACUUUUCGUUUCUCAACUCAUCAAAUUCUUCAUCUUCCCAAGAGCUAUCUUUUAAUUUCGGUAUAUGAUAUACAUCAUCAUCCUCACAAUCAACAUCCAUGGCUACAAAAUUAUGAUUAGAUUCAUUAAUUUCGUCUCUUACAUCAAUUGAUUUUUCCUCCCCUGAAAUAUGUUUUUCUUCAUUUCUAUCCUUACUCACUUCUACUAAAAUUUGGAUGAUUUUUCCAUGAUCAGCUGCUGUUUCUUCAUCUAAGGGCUCUUUCUCCUCAUCAUCCUCACUAUAUUCAUUCAUCAAUUGUGAGCAAUAAAUUAUUUUAUUCAAAUUUUCUGCUACUAUAUUUUCAGCAUUAAUAUUCUCAUUUACUUCUAAUGGGUCAUCGAUUUCUUCUAAUAAUUGGAAAUAAGGAUCAGGUAAAAUAUUCUCACUCAAUGUAUUCACUGACCUAACAUUUUCAUUUCGUGGGUUUUUUUCUAAAUUUAUCCAGCUAGACUCUCCUUGCUGAAAUCUUACUGUUGGACAGUUUCCUGAAUUUUCUAUGGGCGGACUAGGUGGCUGUCCCUCUUCUCUCUUAUUCCCAAGAGCCUCUAUAAUUUGUUUCUGGUGCAGCAUCAUUUGGUUCAUAGUUUGUUGCAUCAUUUGGCUCAUUUGCUGCAUCAUUUCUAUAGUAUCAUGUUGGGUUUGAGAGGGCUGAUUUUUCUGAAAUCUGUUUUCUUGUUUUAGAUGAAAUUCAGAGUUUGAAUUGGAUCUAAGUGCUUCUGAAUUUUGAAUAUUAUUUGGGUUUCUCCACGAAAAAUUAUUCCCCCAAUUAGGAUUAUAAGAAUUAGAAAAAUAUUCCCUAUUUUUACUAAAAUCGUAGGGUACCUGCACUUGUUCUUGCCUAGGAUGAUAUUGAAAUUCGAAAUGAUCAUUUUCACCAUACAUAGGAUCUGUACUAUUUGAAUUAAAUUGAGGGUUAAGAGGCUUUCUAAUAUUGUCAAUAAGAAAAUCAAGUUUUUCUAAUCUUUGAUUAAUCUGAUUAACCUCAUUUCUAAGUUUAGAUUCAUUAUCAUGAUGCAAUUCAUGAAUUCCUCUCUUCUUAUCCCUGUCAUAUAAUUCAAAAGAGGCUUGAUCUCUAGAAUUUUCACUUAAAUUCUCAUAAAGACUGUAAAUCGCAUCAGGGGUUUUCUCCAUAAAAGCUCCUCCACAUAUAGAAUCAACCAUAUUUCUAUGUUGUUCUAAUAAUCCAUCAUAAAAAAUUCUAUUGAGCUACCACUUGGGUAUAGCAUGCUGAGGAUAUUUUCUAAGUAAAUCUUUGAAUGUUUCUCAUGUCUCAUGUAAAGUUUCUCCUGGUCUUUGAGAAAAAUUCUAUAUAUGUUUUCUCAUAUUUUGAGUUUUUCCUAAGGGAUAAAAUUUUCGAAGAAAUGCCUGUUCUAUGUCUUUCCAGCUAGUUAAUUCUCUAUCUAAUGUGGAUAGCCAAUGGCUAGCUUUGUCCCUAAGUGUAUGAGGGAAAAAUUUCAUCUUAAUAAUUUCCGGUGUAACUUGAGGGAGAUUAACUAAAUCACAGACCAUAUGAAAUUUUUCUAAGUGCUGAUGAGGUUCCUCUAAAGGCAAUCCAUGAAAAUUAGGGAGCAUUUGAAAAAUUCCUGGAUUUAUUUCGAAUUUAACAUUGGGUGCUAAUGGGACUCUAAUAUUGGAUGCUCUUUGAAAUGAAUCAAGGAUAUAAUAAUUUUUCAUGGCCAUAAGAUUUUUCUCAGUUUGACCUAUACUUUCUUCAGGAUCUAUCAAAAUUAAUUUUUCUUUCGGAUUUUUAGUUUUGAAUGAAAUAAUGAAAGGAUUUUCUAGCCUUGGAUGCAAGGAUCUUCUACCAUGCAUAAAAAUCAAUAAAUUCGAGGGAAAAAGUUAGUAACUGUUACCCUCCUUUAGGAUGCUCCAGUCCUUGCCGUGCUUCUUUUCGUUCCCUUUUUCUAAUAAAAAUCGACAAAAAGAGAAUAAAAUAAGAGUUAAGUUUUUUUUUUUUUUUGUACUCUAAGAGAAAAAUAGAAAAAUCCUAAAUAUUAUGCAAUACAUCCCCGGCAACGGCGCCAAAAUUUGACGUGACUCAGUCGCUGUAUAUUAAAUCACGCAAAUAUAAAAUUUAUAAAACUAGAAAAUACGAAUUUUUGGAUAUUUAGAAGUAUUUCUAAAUAAAUAUAUCAAUUAUAAUUCAAUAAAACUUCCAAAAAUAGCGGUAACUUUCCAGGUCAAUCACAGGGAUGUAAUAUAAUAUCUGGUAAUUAUUCAGAUUUUUUCUCAAUGAAUACGAUUUUCUAUGAAUUUUAUACUAGGAAAUAAAAAGGAAAUAUAUUUAAAAUUCACGAAAAAAAAAGGGAAAUAAGGACGCGGAUGUCAAGAUGACGUCAGCGCCUGGCGAACGCGAAUCGGGCGGAAACAGAGUUCCGCUCGGCGAUUCUUGCGUAAGCGAUUACAGACGAUUUAAUUAAUCAAAUUAAGAUCUAUAAAAGCCGGAAGAAUCGUAAUUGAACAAAGUAUAUUUUGGUAACUUAAAAACACAAAAAUUAUCACUAAAUGAAGCGUAAAGUAAAUUGAAAGCAGGAAAACAGAGUUCCAGCGUCGCGACGGCGAUGCGUCGGCGAUGCACCGGAAUCCUGAGCAUUCGGGAGGAUCGUUGUGCAGUGUCCACGGCUUCGAAGGCUCUCCUUGGACAAAGACGACGUGGGCAAUCUCUAGAUCUUCUCGCGAAGUCUAGAGAUCAAUGAAGUGGGUUGUUGAAUCAUCUCCGAUGGCUGUCACCCGACGGAGCAGAAAAACGGCGACUUUGCGGCUCUCUGGCGGCUGUCACCCGACGGAGAGGAGCUGGAUGGAGGUGGGGCACGUGUCAGGGAGCUUCAUCCUCAAGUCCGCGCAGCAAGAGGAGGCUCUUCAUCGCAUCUGGUACGCUCUCAGGAGGUGGCGACUCGUCUCCCGGCGGAUCGUCCUCUUCCCGACGACGGCUUGUUCGUCGAUCAAUCGGAGAUGA